GCUGCACUUCUUCUGUUAGCGGUUUGCAGCGGCCAUUUCAAAGAGACCAUCACAAAGACGAGAGAGAGAUCAGAGAGGCACCUGUUCCCAAGAUGCUGGCACCCUGCCUUCUGAGAAGAGUGGUCCUUACAGUUCCUCUAGUUUUUGUGGUUGCACUGCUGCUCACGGAGCCUGUCACAUCUGAUCAAGAAGCAGGAACAGCCAUACCAGCUGAAAGUCGUCCCUGUGUUGAUUGCCAUGCAUUUGAGUUCAUGCAGAGGGCUCUGCAGGAUUUAAAGAAGACAGCGUAUAAUCUAGACAUGAGGACAGAAACUCUGCUUCUUCAGGUGGAAAAGAGAAAUCUGUGUGACUGUGUAGCUGCAAAUCUGCUGAACUGAACCCUGGAGGCCAGCUGAGGAGUAUCACCUGUUCAGUGGUUUUUAAAAAGCA